AUGAGUUCAAUUGGUACCGGAUACGAUCUUGCCGCCUCCACAUUUUCACCAGAUGGUAGAAUCUUCCAAGGUAGUCCCAAAAGUUUCAGAAAAAUAAUUAUUGAAUUUGUUUUAGUUGAAUACGCUCAAAAGGCUGUUGACAAUGCCGGAACAAUGAUUGCUAUUCGAGGAAAGAAUGGUGUUGUAAUGGCUGUUGAUAAAGUUAUCACUUCGAAACUUUAUACUGAUGUAAGUUAUAACCUAGUUGGAUUGCCAACUUUCUUUUGCAAGAAGUUCAACGCGCGAAAAUCAUUUGGUAUUGGAAAAUAUGAAAUAAAAUUUCGGAAUUUUAGAACGCCAACCCACGAAUCUUCAACAUUAAUGACAGUGUUGGUAUGGGAAUUGCUGGAAACUACCCAGAUGGAUUCAAUCUUAAGAAUUAUGCCUACGGAGAAGCGAUGAAAUGGUUGAAAGAUUAUCGUGAGCCAAUGCCAGUUAACAAAGUUUCGAACUCGGUUGCUGAAUACGUUCACAUUUUCACAUUAGGAAUCUCGAGACCAUACGGAACAUCAGCUUUCUUCGGAUCAUGGAAUAAACAAGAAGGAGGAAGAUUGUUCCUUGUUGAACCAUCCGGAUUAAACUACGAAUACAAAGCAUGGGCUAUCGGAAAACAUCGACAAGCAGCAAAAGCAGAAAUCGAAAAACUCAAAAUUGACACACUCGACAUUCAAGAUUUAGUGAAAGAAGCCGCUCGAAUCAUCAUUUCAAUCCGUGAUGAGAACAAAGACAAGAAUGUUCAAAUUGAAAUGGGAUGGGUUGGAGAACAAACAAAUGGUAAAUAUGAAACAGUUCCAGAAGAUGUUGUAGCAGCCGCCGAAGAAUGGGCAAAUGCCAAACUCGACGAAGAUGAUAUGGAAGAUUGA